AGUGCCUUGUCCAAGGCGCGUGCGGCCUGAGACAGCUGAGACCCGAUUGCUGGAUUUUCAAAGCGAUUCCCAACCUCUGCGAGCUCUCCGCAAAGCAGCAAUUCAAUUCUUAAAAUACUGGGAUUUACAUAGACUGACGGAACCAGGCGAUUUUGACAGAACACGCACCGCACGCUGCGCAAUUUAUACACCAAAAUGGCAGCCACCGCAACCUUGACGUCGGGUGAUGUGGCUCGCAUCAAGUCGAAGGAAGAUUUUGCCAAUGGCGUGGUGUUACGGGUAUCGGAGCUGCAGGAGGUUGGUGGGAAGAAGCAUAAAUGCAUGCUGUCCGACGGCAACAACUCUAUUCGCGGAGUGCUGGCCUCGCAGUUCGCGGACCUGGUCGCGUCCGGCGAGCUCUCUAAUGGCUGCCUCAUUAAGAUAACAGCAUUUGUGACCAACACCAUCGGCAGCGAUGAUGUGGUGCUGGCCACGGACCUGUCGGUGGUGUCGCCAGGCACCGGCAUCGUAAAGAUGGAGGUGGACAACGCGCUGAACGCCCGCAACUCCACGCCCGAGGCCGCGGGCAAGCCUCAGGCCAAGUCUAGCACGGCUGACCCUGACGCCAAGGAGAACAGCACGCCUGGGCCGGACUUCAAGUCCAGCAAGACGCCGGGGCCCGGCCUGAGCCCCGUGUCAUUCUUCUCGCCGGCGCCCACCCCCACCGGCGCCGGCAUCAAGACCGCGCCCACGCCGCCCAGCACCAUGGGUGUCAGCGACCGCAAAAACCACCACAAGAUUGCGCAGCUGCACCCCUACGAGACAAACUGGUGCAUCCGCGCCAAGGUGGAUCGCAAGGCGCCGCUGCGCGCGCUCCCCUCCAAGCCCGACGUCAAGGUCAUGACGGUGGACCUGGUGGACGAGACGGGCACGGCGAUCCAGGGCACCUUCUGGCGCGGCCCGGCUGAGCGCAUGAGCGAGCAGCUGGUGGAGGGCAAGGUGUAUGUGUUCCACAAGUUCAAGGUGAAGCCCGCCGACAAGAAGUACGUCACCGUCAAGAACGAGUACCAGAUCGACUUCACUGACACCACGGACGUGUCGGAGGCGGCCGACCAGGACAGUAGCGCUAUGACCACCGCUGUGGAGGUCACGCCCAUCGAGCAGCUUCCGCGCCGCAUCGGCCAGCGCGCGCCCGUGGACGUGAUGGGCGUGGUUCUGGCUCUGGGCAGCUACGGCACCGUGAAGCGCAAGGCCGACAACAGCGAGCUGCCGCGCCGCGAGGUCACCAUCGGAGACCAGAGCGGCAAGAGCGUGGCCAUCACGCUGUGGGGCGACAUGUCCAGCACCACCGCGCAGCAGCUGGAGGGCAUGGAGGGCCGCGCCGUGCUGCAGGUGACUGGCUGCCGCGUGACGGACUACAACGGCUGCUCGCUGUCAACGCUGUCCAAGUCGGUCGCCAGCAUCAACCCCGAGACGCCGGCGGCGCAGCAGAUGAUGCUGUGGUACAAGACGUCCGAGAUGAACCCCGACCGCUUCACGGCGGUGGGUGCGGACCUGGUGAUGGCGCGCGGCAGCCAGGGUGGCAGCCAGGGCGGCGCGGGUGGCGUGCCGGCGCGCGAGCGCUACUUCUCGCUCAAGGACGUGAGCGGUCUUACGGCGGAGACCGAGGCGCUGGCCAACGACAAGGCCAUCUUCCAGAACGUGACGGCGUGCGUGGCCAUGAUCAACAAUGACGACAAGAACAUUUUCUACCUCGCUAACCCCGAGAACGGCCGCAAGGUGGUGGACCAGGGCGGCGGCCGCUUCUGGAGCGAGGCGGACAGCAAGGUGGUCGAGAAGCCCGAGCACCGCUACCUGCUGUCAGUGCGCCUGGCAGACCACACGGGGGAGACCAACGUGCAGCUGUUUGGAAAGGAGGCGGAGGCGGUGAUGGGCAUGCGCGCCGACGAGCUGGCGGCGCUGAAGGAGGCGGGCGGCGAGGGCUUUGCCGGCGCGCUCAAGGCGGCGCAGUGGAAGCCGUGGCAGGUGGUGGUCAUGAGCAAGGCCCGCGAGUACAACGGCAACCGCAGCGUGCGGCACUCGGCCUACAAGGUGGAAAACAUCGACUGGGUAUCCGAAUCCAGCCGCCUGGUCACCCUCAUUGCAAAGUACGGCAACUGAGCGGUUGUCGAUUGCUGCUGAAGGUGGCGGUUGGCUGCCGGCGGGCGGGCGGCGCGAAGCGUGACAGUGCCAGUGGGCUGGAGGGCAGCAGGUGAUGGCAGAUGCUUUGGAGGCGCAUGGUAUCUUGGAUGCAAGGUGUGCGUCCGGGAUGGUGCGGAGGCAGGCGCCGCGUUUGCGCAAGGUUUCAAGGUGCGUCCGCGUGCUGGUCAAGGCGUUGUAUGCAAGUGUGUGGAGGCGCAACAGCUACGUGCAACUCCGUUCGACGAUGCCAAUGGAUAUACGGCGUGUGUGGCCGUCGGCAGCUGAUGCAUUUGGCCGGGCCAACCUGUAUGCAGUUGUUGGACGGGGGUCACGGGACCUGGGCCAAUUGGUUGGGUGCUCAUUGUUUUGCUGUCGGGUAUGUAUCGUUAUUCAUGGACACGGGCCAUCGCCCGAGAUGGGCCAGAGCCCUAGACGUGUGAGGGACCUGGUUUGGUAGCCUGGCUGCGUGGUUCUGCAUUGGCGCGGUGGGUGAGAGAAGAUGCGAGAGCUUAAACCAGUUCAAGGGACCACGCCGCUAAUGCAGCUGCCAAACAGUGCUGGGCUCCUGGAAGGGUUGAGGCGGGGGCGCGCGGCCGGAAACGAGGGUAAGGGGGAGAGCGGGCGUGUGAGUUUCUCGUAGAUUAGGGUUCCCUAGAUGGGCGGUCAUGCGCGAGAAGGUCGUCCACGAGAAUACGCUGUGGCUUACGGGCUUUGUAUUAAUCUAUUACCCCCAACAAGUUCGUGCAGGGCAGCUUUGCACGGCAGCCCUGGACUUGUUACACUGUCGAAAAGAGGUUUAUCAUCUUGGCGCCAAAGUGCAUCUCAGCGAAUCUUGCUGUCAAGCGCAGAGCCAUGCAGUCAUCUAGGCUACGGACAGUGCGCGUUUUCGGCCAGGCGGGGCCUGCGCGCGUCUCUGUAAUUGCUAACUCAU